GGCUAGUAAGUCGUCAUUCGCUAUUUUUGCUUUGUUUAUUUCUCCUAUUUGGAGCAGAGGUACCUUGGUUUUGGAACCUUUGUGAAAGAUGUCUGAACAAGGCAACAUUGAUGCUGGUAAUAUGAAUGUGAAAUUGGAGAUCUUGAGUCUUGGACUUCAUGGUGACAACCAAUAUGACUCUCAGUCACUGUCUGCUGAUAUCAAGAGAGAACCAGAUGACCUUGUUCAUAGUUUGUGUGGUUUGUGUGAACCACAGCCAUCUGUUGACAGUUAUGAGAUGAAUUUGAACUUGAAAGCAGAGCUGAAAUCUGAUAAUCAGUUCAGUUCAAAUAUAGAAACAGCCGAUUACUCUGGUGAUGUGUCUAGUUCAAACUUUAACACAGAGCUGAACUCUGGUGAUCAGUUAAGUUCAAAUGCUAAAAGUGAGCUCUAUGGUUCCUCAGGGAGUGACAUUAGAGAGACUGAGGUGAAUGAGUCAGAAUAUGAACUUUGUAGUGAAGUAAAGAUCAAAUCUGAACCAACUGACUACCACAGACUUGGGUCAGGUUAUGCAGUCCCGCCGGGUUCGGAAUAUGACAAGUGGGAGGAAGCUAAAAAUGAGUUCGGGCCAGUUCCACUCAACCUCAUACCAGCAGCAGGAAGCCUGGGUCUGUUGAGAAUUGAUGUUGAAGACCAAAUCCAUCCUGUGCAGAGUGGUGUCUUGAAAGAGGAGCCUCCAGAAGACAUGGAGGAGAACUUGUUUGGCUAUAGUGAAGGCACUGGCACGGAUGAUGGACAUGAGAAUAUCGAGGAUGAAGAUGAUACUGUUUCAUCUUUUGGCUACGAUGGUAAAAUCAAGUUGAAAAGUCAAACAGAAGGGAUUUGUUGGUCAUUUACGAGAUUCUCACAGGAAAAUGUGACUGCCUUGAAGAAUAAAGAGUCUUUUGACUCUGACCUCUCCACUAAAGAAUUCCUGAAGAAAAGUAAUCUGAUUCAACAUGAACUCAUGAAUACAGGAGAAAGAUCAUUUCAAUGUGACCAGUGUCACAAAGCUUUUAAGCGAAGUGGUGAGCUUUUGUCUCAUCAGCGUAUUCAUACCAGAAAAAGACCAUUUGCUUGUGACAAGUGUGGUAAAACAUUCAUGUGGAAUAGUGAUCUUUUGAAGCAUAAACGUACUCACACUGGAGAAAGACCAUUUGCUUGUGACCAGUGCAAGGCAGCAUUUUCUCAGCGUAGUAGUCUUUUUCAGCACAAAUAUAUUCAUACAGGAGAAAGACCAUUUGCCUGCGACCAGUGCGAUGCAGCCUUCUCACAGCGCAGUAGUCUUUUUCAACACAAACAUAUUCAUACAGGAGAAAGACCAUUCACAUGUGACCAGUGUGAUAAAACUUUUACCUCUAAAACUAGUCUAGCAAAACAUAAACAGAUUCAUUCAGGAAAAAGACCAUUCGCUUGUAACCAGUGUGAUAAAACUUUCACACAGAGUACUGGCCUUUUUCAUCAUAAAUAUACUCAUACAGGGGAGAGACCAUUUAUAUGUUCCCAGUGUGGUAAAGGAUUGACUACUAAUAGUGGUCUUCUGGCGCAUGAGCGUACUCAUACAGGAGAAAGACCAUUUGCGUGUGACCAGUGUGAUAAUAUAUUUACACAGAGGAGUGCUCUCAAUCGUCAUAAGCGUAUACAUACUGGGGAAAAGAAAUAUGCCUGUGAUCAGUGUGAUAAAACGUUUACACAGAGUUGUGUUCUCUCUCGCCAUAAGCGGAGUAUUCAUUCAGGAGAAAGACCAUUCAUAUGUAUGCAUUGUGAUAAAGCAUUCACCACACAAGAUACCCUCGUAAAACAUAAACGAAUUCAUACAGGAGAAAAGCCGUUUGCCUGUGAUGAAUGUGAUAAGACAUUCACGCAGCGUACAGGUCUUUUCCUUCAUAAAUACAUUCAUACUGGAGAAAGGCCGUUCAAGUGUCACCAGUGUGAUAAGGCAUUCACUUCUCAAGCUAGUCUUCUAGAGCAUGGUCAUAUUCAUACAGGAGAAAGACCAUUUGUAUGUGACCAGUGUGAUAGCACAUUUGCCCAGAAGAGUGCUCUAAUUCGUCAUCAGCGUAUUCAUACAGGAGAAAAACCUUUUUCAUGCGAUCAGUGUGAUAAAACAUUUGCACAGAGUUGUGUGCUCACUCGGCAUAAGCGUAGUAUUCAUUCAAGGGAAAGUAAGAAGUGGGAAAAAUGAAAUGAUUUUGUUCUCAAUUUCUGGUUUUUGGCUCCCCGAAGGGGAGUCUAUACAACGCUGUGUCCAUCGUCGUUGUUGUCUGUAUCCUGUUUCAAAAACAGUGGCACGUUUCUUAACCGCUAGAGCUAUUAACUAGAAAAUUUGUACACAUGACCCCCAGGUCAGGUGACCUCUGACAAUGAUUUUCGGUCCAAUCUGAUUUUUGACUUGGCCACCAGGGGGCCAGAAGUGGAAACCUAAAAAGUGUGUUAUCUCUCUUAUGAGUGACUCGUUUUUGAUAAAAUUGUAUGGUAGGUUCGGUUGUCCGUCGUAGUUGUUGUUUGUAUCCUGUUUCAAAAACAUUGGCACGUUUCUUAACCGCUAAAGCUAUGAACUUGAAACUUUGACACAGGACCCCCCCCCAGGUCAGGUGACCUCUGACAAUGAAUUUCAGUCCGAUGUGACUUUUGACUUGGCCACCAGGGGCCAGAGGUGGAAACCUAAAAAGUGUGAUGUCUCUUUGAGUGACUCGUUUCCGAUAAAAAGUUUUUGUAAGGUUCUCCAAGCAAGGAUACAUCAAAAAUUAUGUGGGUUUUUGAUUUGACCUAAUUUUCAAGGUCACAGAGGUCAAAUGGCAGAAAUUGGUUGUUUGAGUGGGACUAUGGCACGUUUCUUAACCGCUAUAACUAUGAGCUUGAAAUUUGGUACACAUGACUCCCUACGUCAUGUUACCUCUGACACUGAAUUGCGGUCUGAUCUGAAUCUUGACUUGGCCACCAGGAGGCAAAAACUAAAAAAGGUAAAAAGUGCAAUAUCUCGCUUAUUAGUGACUUGUUUUCGAUGAUAUUUUUGUGGUAGGUACUCAAGGCAAGAAUACAUUACAUAUCGUACCGACUUUGGUUUGACCUAUAUACUACACAUGUAGCAUGUUUCUUAAUCAUGAGUUCCUAACAACCAAAUACAUGUAUGUAUACGGUGAGCACAAUGGCCCCUGGCCGUUUCAUUCUAAAUUCAUUAUUUAGGUUCUGGGAAGGUCCUUAAUGAGUAGUCGUAAAGCUGUAUGGAGAAGUGUACAUCUAGAAAAAGGCAAGUUGGUGUUGCUAAGCCCAAUUUACUCACAAACUAUAGGGCCCAAAUUCAUAAAAGGCGUUUAAGGGUUAGACAUGUACAACUUCUCUCUAAUCAGUUUCAGGGCCUAUUCAUAUUCUGUGAAGAUUCACAUCAAGGGCCAGAAUCUGUCUAUUCAGUAGUUAAACGCUGUUUUAAACUAAACACCCUUUAUGAAUUUGGCCCCAUGUGUUUUUUUUCAAACUGCUUUGAGUCCAUUUCUAUGACACUUAUUCAUGCAUUCACGAGACGUUUGGCAGAGAAAAAUCAUCCUGAGGAAAUCGGGGGUUAAUGUUCGCUUCUCUGGUCCGGCACACUUAGCCCGAAGACAUUCGCCAGCGCAGAAGUAAGUGCACCCAAUCAGAGCGUCGCUUACAUUUGAGUCUAGGAAUUUCAAAAACGAUAUCCAAACUUGCAUUCAUUCUCCGGCGCAGUGGAUAGUAGUGAUAGUAGUCCUACACUAUUCUUGAAUGUUAUCGCUGCUUUGGAGACUUGCAUUUGAUCAUGCCGACAAUGAGAGAGCAGAGUCUCGUUGGAGGUGCGCACUGCAACUUCGAUUCUAAGAGAUCUGAGUGCGGUUUUCAUUCAUACAAAUCAUAACAGUACAUUACUAGAACCGAGGUUGAUAGUUCAAUCUCGGUGCUGACUCAAAGGGGUUGUACGCCUGUGCAUUACUUCACCAAAUGAGGGCGAAUGUCUCAGACUCAGGGGUUAGUGUGUGGGGCUGGAGAAGCGAACAUUAAGCCCUGAUUUCCUCAGGAUGGAGAAAAAUAAGUAGGUCUGCUCAUUCCAAAGACAUUCUUUGUUUCUCAUUAUUAGAAAUAUUUCUGAAACCUGUAAGAUGAUCUACCACAGUGCUCUGUGUACUCGCCCUGAACUGAUAUCAGCUAGCAAACCAAAUUUUUUAACUUUACUUCAUUUUUAGCUCACCUGGGCAAGCUGAUGUAGUCUCGUCUUGUCCGUCGUCCGUCUGUCGGGCCUUCCGGCCGUCUAUCGUUUGUCGCUAAUGGUGGCAUGUUUGCUCACUGUUGAGUCUAGAAAGUUGAAACUUGGAGUGUGGUUGUCUUAUGGCGAUAUGACUUUACACACAAAAAAAUCAUCGCCAUUUGACCUACUUACUGGGCUCCAGGCGGCCAUCUUUAAAACCUUAAUUUUGUCAAUAUCUCGUGAACACUGAUUGCUAGAACCAUGCAACUUUUACUGUCAAUACUUCUUGUGAUGUUUACUAAAUGACUCUGAGGUGCAAUAAACAUGAAUUUAUUGAGACUUGUACUAAAACGGCAUGGUGGCUGAAUGUUACAUCUUGACCGACCUCCAUACUCAAUCUUUGCACAAACUAAUUAUAGAUCGUGACGUCAUUACUAAGUGGCGCGAUGUAUGAAAUGCUUGGGAACACUACAUCCCUCCUUAAGUUAAAAAAAAGAGAAUAGGUCACCAGCCAAUGAAUUACUUUUGGCUCAAGUUCAGAAUAUACUCAGAAUAUUAACUGUAGAAUAAACUGUAAACUGUUACUCAAACUAAUUGUAGUAAACCAAAUUACUCUGCACUUUUGCAUUAUUCAAGAAAAAUGAAUACUGUGUGAAUCUAAAGAACUAGGAACUCCUAUAGAAUUUCACACAACAUAAUCCAAAAUGAUGGAAUGAUUGCAAACCAUCAAAAAUGUCCAAAUUUUCCUGAAAAUUAAACGGAUUAUCACAAGAGUCUACAAUCUCCUGAAAAUUAAACGGGUUAUCACAUGAGUCUAUAAAUCACGGUCCCUUGUUAUAAAUGGAACACAGAACUACACAGGAUGAUCCAUACACAGUUACUAAGUAGAGUUCACAGUAACAAUCAAUCGAACCUGGCACACAUAGUUUCUCAAGUAACGCGGUUCUUUCCUGGCGCGAGAGGAUCUCCUCACAGGAUUGUCUGCUUGAACCGGGGCAGGUUGCCGCUUGCCCUUGAUUUCGGUACUUGUUCCUCCUUGAUUUUGAUCAAAGUCUUCCUCUAUCUCGUCCAGACGACGCGUCUGAUCAGCAAUGGCGGCAUGAUCAGGACUGGGAGUAAUAAUCGACUUGAAAUAACUCGAAUUGCGAGUGAUCCG